CAGUCAUAGUAACAGAAACAACGUUGGCAGCGGGCCUCGGGCCGGGUAUUACCCCUUUAGCCCUCACGGCGCACGGUGGGCAGGGUCGGGCCUUAUCCUCUGCGCAGACGGGGAGACUGGAGCCCAGGUUGGGGUACGCUGACAUGCCCAGCUGGUGAGGGGUGGCGUCUGGGUUCGAACCCGGGCUUUCCCGUCCCCGAGUGCGCGUGCUCCGCGAGUCCUCCGGCCUUUCCGUUCAGGGAAAGGAUUUGGGUUCGUUCCCGAGCACCAGGCUGGCCCCCCGCCGAUACCCUGCCCCUCGCCCCGAAGGCCGUCCACCGUGAGGAUGGGUCUUAGAAACUGGAGUAGAGAUGCUUCAGCGUGCGGAGUCAGCCGACACCCACCCAGAGUCCCGCUCCCCGAAACCCCGGGCACCGCCUCCUGGGAGCCGGUGACUUUCCGGGACGUGGCCGUGGACUUCACCCAGGAGGAGUGGGGGCAGCUGGGCCCAGCCCAGAGGACCCUGUAUCGAGACGUGAUGCUGGAGACCUUUGGGCAUCUGCUCUCCGUGGGGCCUGAGCUUCCCAAACCAGACGUCAUCUCCCAGCUGGAGCAAGGGGCUGAGCUGUGGGUGGCGGAGAGAGGACUCGCCCAGGGCUGCCGUCCAGGCCAGGAAGCUGGACCGGAGGGUCGACCACCAGCCCGGGAGCAGGGCCUUCCUGAGGAGAAGGGGCAGGAAGGCUUCCUGGGGAAGGCGCCGCGUCGCGCCACGUCGGGGGAAGACUGGGAACGGGCGGGCGGGGUCCGGGGGUCCGAGCAGGACCAGGGUCAUUGGCGGCGACUCCAGGAAGCCCCGGUUCGGGACGGAAGUCUCAGACUCGGGGAGAGCCCCGGUCCGCUGCCGGAGGUCUCCAGGCUGGAGCGCGCGCGUGUGCCGGAAUCUCGGGGUCCGAGCUCGGCCCGUGAGGAGGCGGGCUCCCACGAGCGCGGCGAGGCGGCCGCUGCGGCGCGUCCCGUGCUGGAGGCGGAGCUGGCGCGUGGCCCCGCGCCCGACAAGCCCUACAAGUGCGCAGACUGCGGGAAGGCCUUCAACCACAACGCGCACCUCACGGUGCACCGGCGCAUCCACACGGGCGAGCGGCCCUACGCGUGCAAGGAGUGCGGCAAGGCCUUCAGCCAGAACUCGUCGCUGGUGCAGCACGAGCGCAUCCACACGGGCCACAAGCCCUACAAAUGCGCCGAGUGCGGCAAGUCCUUCUGCCACAGCACGCACCUCACGGUGCACCGGCGCAUCCACACGGGCGAGAAGCCCUACGCCUGCCAGGACUGCGGGCGCGCCUUCAACCAGAACUCGUCGCUGGGCCGCCACCGGCGCACGCACACCGGCGAGAAGCCGUUCGCCUGCAGCGUGUGCGGCAAGGCCUUCUCGCGGACCACCUGCCUGUUCCUGCACCUGCGGACGCACACGGCCGAGCGGCCCUACGAGUGCAGCCGCUGCGGGAAGGGCUUCCGGCACAGCUCGUCGCUGGCGCAGCACCAGCGCAAGCACGCGGGCGACGGGCCCUACGACUGCCGCCAGAGGCUGCUCUUCGCGCCCGCGCCCGCCUGGCCCGAGCCCCUGAGCCCGGGCGAGGGCCCGCCGCGCAGCGACAGGCCCUUCCGGUGCGGCCAGUGCGGCAAGGGUUUCACGCAGAGCUCGCACCUCAUCCGCCACCAGAUCACGCACACCCGAGAGCAGCCCCGGGCCCGGGGCCGCCGGCGCCCGCAGGCCCGCAGCCGCGGCCCGCACCUCGCGCGGUGCCCGCUCGGGCCUCCGGAGGAGAGCCCUGGGGGCGGGACGAGGGCGGGGCCGCCCGCCGGCAGGGCGCUGGCGCUGUUUGACCUCCACGAGAUCAUGCAGGAGAAGAACCCGGUGCGCGUUAUUGGGGUGGAAGAGCCCGCCGUGGGCACGUCCGUGCUGUUUGACAUCACGGAGUCCACGUAGGGAAGGAACGCGGCGGAUGACUGUUGAACCGCAGGUACAGAAAUGUGGUACGUCCACACGGUGUAUUUCUGGAAGGGGGCUGAGGGUAGAAAUGCCCUCAGAUUUCCUAAGGCAGUGGUGCUUGCAAACACCUGAGAUCACUGAUUGUCCAGAGUCUCAAACCCAGUACUCAGACAUGAAGUCAGAGGUAACGGAACCUACACACGUGUGUAAUGUUGAAAAACCCAUAUAUGUCCCUGUUUUGUAAAGGAUACUUAAAGCAAAAGACACUGUCAGUAGGUCACGUCGGCUGAAUUGCUGCCUCGCUCUCUGGUGGCGACCAUCGUGCCUGGAGACUUGGGGCGUUGCCUGUGGCUUGCCAUCUGGUGCAUGGGGUUACCCACAGACACAUGAGGAGAGGCCUGUGUGGUUGUGAUAUCACCAAAGUGGUGACUAAAGCUUGGGAAAGAUUUGCACAAAACAGAGGCAGCUGUGUUACUGGAAGCUUUUGUCUAGAUUCUAAACAUGCAGGAAUUCAUAUGUGGAGUCAACCCAAGCCGCAGUUCCUAUUUAUGGAAAGGAGUCGCAGACACACCCAUGGCUGCUGGGGUCCAUGUCUGCACUUGAGAGUCGUCAGAGCAGGCCUGGCAGCCACACUCAUGCCCAAAUCAAGCAACAGAGGAUUCCCCCGUGAAAUCCCACAGCUUUCCCUGGGGGUGUCACGGCUCCUGUUAGAAACCAUGGCCUUAGAUUGGCAAUGUUGCCUGCGAUGGAGGGUCUCACUCAGAGUGGCUUUGUUCCCCAGGGGAUACUUGGCGAUGUCAUGACUGGCAGAGGGGAGCGGCGGCAUCCUGUGGGGGAGGUCGAGGAUGCUGCUGAGCAUCCUGCAAAACCCCGUCACCAAAGAGCCACCUGGCCUUGAGGUGGAGAAGCCUUGCCCCGCAUAAGAGGUAGCUUCCUGACUCUGGAAGUCGCUCAUCAGGGCUUCGCUGACCGUCCUUUGCAUUCGACUCCAACACAUGCCGUCGAGCACGUGCACGUUUUCUUUGAGUGAUUAAUUCCGCUGUUUUGCAACAUUGGUAGUUGGUGUGAGGAAAGAGAAUCCGCUUAUUUUUCUGAGUAAUUUUAGCAUUUUAUUUUGGACAUUCCACGUGCUGAGACAUUUUCACUGGCACCCCUGUGGCCAUAGGAUUAUUUUUACAUCAGCACCAGAAAUCUUGUCAUUUUAUCAGUUUUUAAAAAUAUCUCUAAAAAGCAUGGCCCCUGAUGACAAAAACCGUUUUUAUAGUCAUUCUGAGCUAUCAUUUGCCUUUUUCACUAAGUUGAUGUUUACACUGAUAGUGCGAAUCCAACACUGGGUAACACUGCCAGAGUCUCAGAAUCAAGGAAGUUGCCCCGAGGUCACUGUCCAUAUUUUUCCUUCCCUGGCAUUUCAGUAAAGGGGGUCGGGGGGUGGGGGGAUGGUUUCACUUAAGAAUGUCUGUGAUGAAGCAGGAAAAAGUAUUAAUUUCAUUAAAUCUUGAGUAAAACUA